AUGGCUUCUCUAUUCACUAAACGUCUGACCUGCUUCUAUUGUGGGCAGCGGCCUACUCGGGUUAAUCGACCUGUUCACGGGCCUGUCCGCAAUUUCCGCUGCGAGCACUGUGAGGCUGACAACUUCUUCGAUGAGAAAGGUGAAAUUACAGAUCCACCAGCCGUGGUCACAAACGCCGAAGCCCAUUCCCCCGGCGGACCCAGCCCAUCCGAACCGGCCAAUUCAAACGAACCUCCAUUGUUUUGUGCCCAGUGCACUCGCAACCAGCAUCUUCUUACCAGCUCUCUCGCCUCCUACUUUCCUCCUUCAGAUGACCCAACGAAUAGCGAGUAUGAGCGCGGGUAUGAGCAGUUCCGUCGCGGCCUUGAGGACAGCUAUCCUCAGGUGUGUGAAUCCUGCGAGCCGGUUGUGAAACAGCGCAUCCGGAAGGCUGGCUAUGAGGCGAAAUCAGAUCAUCUACGACGCAUGAUGGAUCAGAGUAGGGCGAAUCGGGAAUCGCGACAGGCUAGAACCAGAAGUUGGAGGAGCCUGCUGUUAAUUCUCGGUGCAUGCGCGCACUGGUCGAGUGUCGUCGGCCAGCUAGUGUGGGAUUUGGGUGCUGCAGUGACUGUUCCUCACUCGGCGCAGAGCUUGAGCGAUGAUUUACCCAACACUAUGUCAUCUUGCGUUUCCCGGUCUCUCCAAAUAUGGCGCAUUCCUGGCGAUUGCUCCCCAGAUCUCUCAGCGACUGCGGGAUUGGCACUGAUUACAGGUGCGCUUUCUCUUUGGUGGAACCCCAAGCUGCGUUUCAAGAUCAACGGAAUGCCCGGCAAGUUCGAGGGUCUUGGAGAGUACUACCAAGCCCAGCUCAUCCUUAUGGUUGUGCGGUGCGUGUUCUGGGCCGUCCUCAAGGAUCCGUCCGCCAGUGGAUUGGACCCUAAUUUGCCUCAUGCUUUGCAUGCAGGUAUGAUUCUAUUCAUGCUUUUGUCUGUCCUUAUCUCCAGCCGUCUUGUCAAAUACACCAGCCGCCCACUCGUCAAUUGGUCAGAUAACAGCUGGGAAACUCGUCUUGAGCGUGCGAAAGCGUCCUCUCCGGUGCAGGGGGACUCGUUGGCGUUGACCCGCGUGUCGAUAUCAGAUACCACACCCAAAGCUAAAGAUACCACAUUCCAGCCUCGGUUUCCAAUCGACAAACUGGCUCCAGGCCGGCAACCCGUUGAACAGCCGCCCCCAGCCACACCCACCCAAGAAGACGGUGACACCAUGGACUGGUCUCCUUCUGUCACUCACAAUCUUCGGCCCACCAUAACCCAGCGAAAUCAGCCCUCUGUGCUCAGUGGCCCCCACCCAUUUCAGGGUCAGGUGCCAGCAGCCCCCACCCCUCCUGCGUGGAAACUCCGCUCUAAGACCUCGACAAAACCCAUCGAGCAAGUGAUUCAGCCAAAUCCGUUCCACCGCAGUCCUUCCCAGGCAACAGGCCAAUGGCAACAACGACACUCUGAAGCUGAUACAGUCUUCAAGGCGCCCAAGUUCUUCGCACCAAGUGAUCAUGACACAUCUACUGGGUUAGAAACCUUGUUUGAUCGCGCCUUUAAUUUCCAACCUGAGGGUGGUCGUGGGUCCAGCUGGGGUCAACCCUCAUAUGAUGGAGGUCCCGCGAGUCAAUUCAAGGCCCUUAGCUCCCACUAUUACGCAUGCGCCCGGCUUUUGUUGCUAGCAUCGUUCAUAGGUGCCUGGACUCUCUCGCAAAACCACGGAAUGCUGCUCCCAGGGAACUAUGUGGAGAUUUCUGCGCUGGGUGUUGCAAGCCUGGUUGCUGGAUUCGCGUUGAUCAGUAUGCUGAAAAGGCCGCUUUCCCAAUGGAAUGGCAUGGAGAUCCUGAUUUCUAUCACUGAGCUUGCAGCAGCCGUUCAUAUGGGGGCGCAUUUGCCGACGGCCUCAGUGAACCGAGACUAUUUUGAUCGCUACGGAAAACUUCUUUUGAUCUUCAUGGCUUUCCAAGAAGCCCUGAACGUGCACUCCUUCAUCAGGUAUACAGAAACAGAAGUACAGCAAUCACCACGAUCUGCAUCGCCGCCUACGCAACCACAGUCGCCAGUGAGCCAGGCAGGUGCUCUUGACUGGCCAGCAGAUCGACCUUCGGGCUCCGCAACGCCCACCUCUCUGCCUCAAGUCAGCAACACGCCUGUGCACCGCUCAUUCGAGUCGCAAUCAUCCGCCCCUGCGCUCUCGUUUGGUGACACCGAAGCAACCUCAAGCUUUUCAUCAGCCUUGCCAUCCGUGCCCCAGUAUAGACUUGCUUCAUCUAAAACGAUAUCGUCUUUCCCGGCUGCCAACCAGGACGCAUUCCAGCAAAACAAGAACCCGCACAGUUUUACUAUGGAAUCUUUGAAGCAAAUUGAUCCUGUCUCGGAUUAUGAACAGGAAUCCGACAGCGAGACUGUUGCUACUGCCACGACCACUGCUACAAACUUCACCAAUCGUAACAUUCGAUAUGGGAAUAACUAUGGCUUCGGGUCCACCCCCUUCUCGCCCCGGCGCAAUGGCCUUGGAACAGGCAUGGGUGGCUUGAGCCUAGAUGAUGAUCCAACCCCUCGCCGCAUGACCCGCAGCCAGACUCAAAAUGUACUUCACGGUCGACGCCCUGCGAGUUAUGUCCGUUAG